GACCCCGAGCCAAGAUGGCGGCGGCCAGGUGUGGCGGGCUAGCGCUCCGCGGGCCGCGGCUGUCACUGCACACUGCGGCCGAGGCCGCUGUCGCAGCUCCAGAAGUGACCGGCCCACAAGUCGCGGCGGUGCCCGUCGCGCGCUACCCGCCAGUCGUGGCCUCUCUGACUGCCAAAAGCAAGGCGGCACGGCAGCGGCGAGUGGAGCGGUGGCAGGCGACGGUGCACGCGGCCGAGUCUGUGGACGAGAAGCUGCGGAUCCUCACCAAGAUGCAGUUCAUGAAGUACGUCGUUUACCCGCAGACCUUCGCCCUGAACGCUGACCGCUGGUAUCAGGGCUUCACCAAGACUGUGUUCGUGUCGGGCCUGCCGGCGCCGCCCGCGGAGCCAGCGCCCGCCCUGGACUUGGAGGCCCUGCGCGCCGCCGCGUGUGACUGCCUCCUGCAGGAGCACUUCUACCUGCGGCGCAAGCGGCGCGCGCCCCUCUAUCAGGACCGCGAGGCCGUCGCCUCGCCCUUCCUGGAUCAGCUGGUGGCCGCCGUCGUGGGCCUGCUCAGUGCACACAACCCCGCUCUGGUCACCGCCGCCCUCGAUUAUAAACGUCCAGUUCACUUUUACUGGUUGCGUGGUGAAGAAAUUAUCCCUAGUGGUCAUCGGAAAGGUCGAGUUGAUGCUUUGCGAUACCAAAUAAAUGAUAAACCACACACCCAGAUUCGAAUGUCCAAACAACUCCCAGAGUUUGUGCCGCUGGAUUAUUCUGUACCUAUCGAAAUCCCUGUGAUGAAUUGUAAGCCAGACAAACUUCCAUUAUUCAAACGACAGUAUGAAAAUACCAUAUUUAUUGGCUCAAAGACAGCAGAUCCCUACUGUUAUGGUCAUACCCAGUUUCAUCUGUUACCUGACAAAUUAAAAAGGGAAAGGCUUUUGAAACAAAACUGUGCUGAUCAGAUAGAAGUUGUUUUUAGAGCAAAUGCUAUCGCAAGCCUUUUUGCUUGGACCGGAGCACAAGCUAUGUAUCAAGGAUUCUGGAGUGAAGCAGAUGUUACUCGACCUUUUGUCUCUCAGGGCGUGAUCACAGAUGGAAAAUACUUUUCCUUUUUCUGCUACCAAUUAAAUACUUUGGCACUGACGACACAAGCUGAUCAAAAUAACCCUCGUAAAAAUAUAUGUUGGGGGACACAAAGUAAGCCUCUUUAUGAAACCAUCGAAGAUAAUGAUGUGAAAGGUUUUAAUGAUGAUGUCCUACUUCAGAUAGUUCACUUUCUACUGAACAGACCAAAAGAAGACAAAUCACAGCAGUUGGAAAACUAAGAAGAAAUCAUUGAUUCAAGACUUUGGGAAUGCUUAAAUUUCACUGAAGGAAAAAUAAAAGGAACUUUAAUGACGAGA